AUGUCAUUUUUGAGGAAUUUCUUCGGUACGUCCGCAACUGCGGCGGCUACGGUGAAGGAGGAAAAGAAGGCCGUCCGUGCUCUGCCUGCCUCUUGGUAUACCUCCCAGGAUAUGUAUGAGCUGGAGCGGCGGUCUAUCUUUGCUCGCAAGUGGCUCCUCACCACUCACAAGCACCGCGUCCCUAACGCCGGGGACUGGGUCCGAUACGAUGCUGCCGGCUACGAGUUCAUCGUCGCGAAGGACCACGAAAACAACAUCAAAGUGUUCCACAACGACAAUUUCUACCCUAUUCAUACCCAUAUUGAUCGCAAUGGCUUUAUCUGGGUCAACCUCGAUGCUAAGGAGACGCCCGAUGUGGCCUGGAAAGACGAUUUCGAUGGCGUGGAUGAGCAGCCCCGAUUCGACUACUACAACUUCGAUGAAUACGUCUUUGAUCACACCUGGGACAUGGAAGGCGAUUUCAACUGGAAGAUCCUGGCCGACAACUAUAAUGAGUGCUACCAUUGCCAGGUUGCGCAUCCCGACAUUCCCACCAUUGCCGAUCUCCACUCCUACUACGUAAAGACCAAGGACGGUCACAUUCAGCACUACGGUGCUCAGCGACAGGAUCAGAUCGAUAAGGGCUUCCGGAUAGCCACCACCUACUUCUGGCCUAAUGCCUCCUGCAAUGUCUCUCCUAACUUCUUCUUCAUGCAACGUUUCACACCCGUCAGCCCAACGAAAUCCGUUAUGCGCUACGAGGUUUACCGCAACAUCCACGCCACCGACGAGGACUUCAACCUCAUCAGCGACAUGUACAAGCGCAUCAUGUCCGAAGACAAGUAUUUGUGCAUCAACACGCAGAAAAACCUCAACGCUGGUGUCUUUGUGAACGGCGAGCUCCACCCGGAGAUGGAAAAGGGCCCACUGCACUUCCAGACCACGGUACGCGAAGUCGUGACCGACCACUUCAAGGCUGAGGAGGAGGCUGGCCACCAGAUCUGGCCCACCCAGCAGCGCAUUCUCAAGCCCGCUGCUAUCAGUCAAGAAGAUAUGUCCAUCGCAGCAAUGGCGAACUGUAGCAAUGAAGAGGACAUUUUGAACGAUGGCUUUAAAAGCGGGCUUACUACGGCUAUCACAGUCUAG